AGUCAACAAAAUUGUGGUAAAGAGCCUGAAAGUAGAAGACCAUCUAACUGACCUCGAUGAAACUUUCAACAAUCUCAGGAAGAACAAAAUGCGGUUAAACCCAGCCAAAUGCAUCUUUGGCGUGGAGUCUGGAAAAUUUCUAGGUUUCAUGGUUUCCCGGAGAGGGAUUGAGGUCAAUCCAGAGAAGAUCAGAGCAAUUGCCGAGAUGAAACUGCCGAAGUCAAUGAAAGAUAUACAGAGGUUGACUGGAAGGGUGGUAGCUCUUCAUCGGUUCAUAUCGAAGUCAGCAGAUAAAUGCUUGCCAUUUUUCAAGAUUAUGAGGUCAGUCGCCCAGAAGGAUGAAUCAAAGCCGAAGUGCUCCGGAAGAUUAAUUAAGUGGGCAGUAGAAUUGGGGGAAUUCGAGAUAACAUUUCAGCAGAGAUUUGCAAUCCAAGCUCAAGCACUGGCAGAUUUUAUUGUAGAAUGCACUCCAUGUCAUUCAACCCCUAAUUCAGAGCCCAACAACUGGACCUUAUAUGUUGAUAAGGCAUCUAGUAGCAAGGGUUCAGGAGCUGGCGCUUUCUUGAUUGGUCCAGAUGGAGACCGAAGUGAACAUGCCCUGAAAUUUAACUUCAAUGCAACAAACAACAUGGCUGAGUAUGAAGCUCAGUUACUUUGUCUACAACUAGCAUUGGAGUUGAAAAUCAGCGCAAUCCAAGUGUACAGUGACUCCCAGCUGGUGGUGAAUCAAAUCAAAUCAAUCUGCGAAGUCGUUGAUCCUAUGAUGGUGAAAUAUGUAACCUUAGUGGUUGAGCUGAAGUGCAAAUUUCAGAAAUUCUGUCUGAGCAAAAUUCCCCGAACUAAGAAUGAACAGGCAGAUUCACUCUCUAAGUUUGCCUCUGAUAGCUCUUUAAGUUCUAGAUCAGUUUUUGUGGAGGUCUUAGAUGAAUCAAGCUUUAUGAAGCCACGGAUGAUGGAGAUUAGCACAGACCCAGACACACCGAGCUGGACUAACUCAAUUAUCUCCUUUUUACAAGACAAGAUAAUACUUAAGGACAAGCAGGAAGCAAUGAAGUUGAGGAAGAAAUCAUCUCGGUAUACACUUGUUGAUGGGGUCCUCUAUAAGAGAUCUUUCUCACUCCCUCUUCUACGAUGCUUGAAUUCCUAUGAAGCGGAAUACGCACUUCGGGAGGUGCAUGAAGGUGUCUGCGAAAGUCACAUAGGUGCUCGAACUUUGGCUCAUAAAGUCCUUAAACAAGCAAAAGAACUCACUAAUCUGGUAGCACCCUGGCCAUUUGCUCAGUGGGGGCUUGAUCUUUUAGGUCCAUUUAUGAAAGGGUUCACCUCGGUGUACCACCCGGAAUCUAACGGAAUGGUGGAAUCUGUCAACAAGGUUAUACUCGAGGGGAUAAAACCAAGGUUAGAGCUGCACAAGGCCAGGUGGGCAGACGAGCUCAACAACGUCCUUUGGGCAUACAGAACCACGAGCCGAACUGCCACAAGGCUUGGUUUAUUUGAUUCGCUUUCAUAUUAUUUUACUUCUUCUUCUACGGCUUUACCUUAGAUUAAAUAUGCAUAACAUGU